AUGCACAGACAAUCUAAGAAUAUAAAUGCUUCCCUGGAAGUUGAAGAAAAUGAGGACAGAUAUACUGAAGAGAAGGAAGAGGCCUCUUUACCUGACUUGUCAGAAGACCGGAAGAUUUGCAAAGUGGCUAAAUCAAAAGUCAUAAAGGCAUCCAAGAAGGAGAAUUUAAGAGAUGGGAGCCAGGCUCAGUUGCAGAAAUGCACUCUGAAAUUCACCAAGGACCUUGAGAAGGAAUCGUACCACAAGAAGGAGGGUGGUGUUGGCUGUCAGUUUACUGAGUGCUUUUUUGAUACGCUAAAAGGGGAUAUGGCUGGUGAACAUACCUUGCCCUUGAACAGUAUGGAAAAUUUUUCAAGAAUUAGACCUGUUUCUUUGGGGGAUGAAUGCUACUUGACACCUAAUAGGGACAAAGCAGAAGAAAAAUCUGAUUGUGGAGUAUCAGAGAAACAGAGGAGAAAACCUGUUGAUUUUGCAACUGUAACAAUUGCUGAAUUUGGAAUUACUCAAGAAAGUUUUACUAAACAAUCUAUAGGUAAGUCUUCAACUCCAUUAAAAUUUAGACGAAGAUCAACAAUUGGAAUACGGGGGUCACCAGAAAAUAACAGUCUUAUUCGAUACCUUGCCGAACAGAGAAGCAACAGGCAAAAAGCAGCCUUUACACAGCAGGUUAGUCCUUUUAAAUAUGAGAAUGUCAGGUUGUUGAAGGACAAGAUAGAUGCCUUUCAAACGUCUUUUAAAUCAGUAGAAGAAGCUGAAGUGGAGGCUGACUUCUCUGGACUGCCACAAGUGGAUGACGCUUCCCAGGAAGCAGGCUCUCCUCUGAACAAAGUACUUUUUACAACAGAGCAGAAUCUGGAUCAGUGGAGUGAAAAGUUCAUGUCGGACAACAGUGGAGCUGAUUUGAAAGAAAAUUUAAGACAAAAUUUGACCAACAGCAGUAAGUCUGAUACCAAGAUGGGCAGCAUCUCGUCUUCACGCCAGGAUGUGGCCGUCACUGAACCUGUUGCUGCCAGUACAAAGGAAUGGAUUUAUGAGCAACAUAAUCCUACUGAGUCAUUGGAGGCUGUUCUAAUUAGAGAUAUCUUAGAAACAGGCCAUGUUUGCAGUUCAGAUCACAUCACUACAGACAUUAGAGGUAACAUUGUAUCCGAUCUAAGCGGAAGGAAAGUUAGUUUUGCAGAAGAAGCAAGCCUGGAAAUAUUUGAUGAAAGCAAGCUACCUAUCACACCACUACGAACAGGAAAUAUUUCAUUAAAUGAACAUACACAGAAUGGCUCCCACCUGCGAUCUGUAUUGAAGAAAACGCCAGUGGAGCAACUAGUGGAUAGCACGCAGGAAUACCCGAACGAUGCAGUUGACAGAGGAGGAGGUGAAUCUCUCGCUGUCUCCAAUUGUGCAGAAAUCUUUGAAGAGCUGCAGACAGAGAAAACUGAAAGACGUAGCUCCGAAAAGCCAAAGAAAAAAAGAGUUACAUUUGGAGAAGUUCUAAGCCCAGAAAUAUUUGAUGAAACUUUGCCCGCAAAUACUCCAUUGCGCAAAGGAGCAACACCAGUUCGUCAUCUGGGAUUACAAAGUAAUAGUCUUUUUGCAAGGUCAAGUCUCACUGAAGAACCAUUAUCCCAGCCGAACUUUGAUUGCAGUGAUGAAUGUGUUGAGCCUCUUCAAGAAUUAGUGGAGGGUUCUGUUGCUGCUGAAGAUGUCUUACCUGUUGAAAGUGCAGAAGCAGAAACUGACAAAUCUGAUAUAACAACUCAUUUUUCUACUAGAAGGAAGUGUAGCACCAUUUCAGAGGGGAGUGAUUUUAGCACCUCAAGAGCCACAAAUACUAAGAAUGCUAAAGAGACUAAAAAUCCAAGAAAGAAAAAGAUUCAAAGACAAAAUCAUGAAACCACAUCUGCUACCAAAAAGACACAAAAAAUAAAACGUACAGGCUAUGGGAAAAGAAGAAAGAAAAAAGUGAAAAAAUCUUUAUAUGGGGAAAGAGAGAUGGCUUCUAAGAAACCUCUUCUCAGCCCUAUCCUUGAAAUUCCGGAGGUUUUCUCUUCUACCUCAUCUCCAAACUCACCAAAGGCAAAUGCGUUUUUUUCAGAGGAUGUAUUUUUAGAUAAUGCCAAAUCCAGAAAUGCUCGCCAGGAUGUUCAACAGAAGCCAGUGCUUGAAAGAAAAAGAGGGAAAAAGUUCUGGGCAGUUGAUGCGCAUUCAAGCUCUAAGGCCCACCUGGACAGUGUAGAAGCCAGCAGCUCCAGCGAUGCAGUGCUUCAGGGGUCGGAUGGUGAUCUGAAGUCUGUUGCUGGCAUUGAUCAUGAGCUUAUAAACAUUGUGCCAGAUGCGAAAUGUGUUUCUGAUACACCUGACUAUUUCCAACAAGACAAAGAGAUUGCAUAUGUAAAAGAGGCAAAAGAAAGUGAUUCCUUAUUAGAAAAUGAGAAAUUACGAGGAAAUCUCCUAAAUAAGGCAGAGUGGCUAACGGGGCUAGAAUUUCUGGAACAGCAGGACACAGGUGUACGUGAGGGUGCCCAAAGAACUCAGUGUCCGCAAAAAGAUGCUGUAAGAGGUAGUCCACCAAGAAGUAGAAGAAGAAGAAGUAGUGCCAUCUAUAUUCCUCCUGUUGAAAAAGUGGAAAUAACUGGAAACAAUCUUCCAGUUUCUGCUUUUAAUGUGGAAGAAGUUUUAUCUGCUCCUCAGCUGAAAAGUGACUCCAUACAGCCUUUUAGAAGAAAGAGCGAUAACAGUGGUGAAAAAAGAGUGAGGCGCAGCAUGAGAUUACAUAAAGAUGCAGAAAUUGAAGGACUUGCAUGGAUUCAAGUACCCAGUGAGACUGAAGAGAAGCCUCACCUGCUAGCUUCUGCUUGCAAAAUCAGGAGAAGAAUAAGCACAUCCAUCCUUACAGAAUCUGAGAAUAUUCAUCAUAGAGAACAAAAUCUCAUCCAGUUUUCAGCAUCAGGGAAGGAGAACAAUGACUCUGUUCAUCUUGCUGAUGGUCCCUGCAGAAGAUGGAAAAGGAAAAGCAUGUGUGUAUCCACGCCUCAAGAAACAAGAACUUGGUCUCAAACCCGGAAAACGAGCAUAACAAAUUCUGUAUAUAAGAAGGACAGGAGUAACCAAAAACACUAUGAAGGAGUAGAAAUACCUCUUGAAAAUAACUCUAACAUUUAG